GAUACAGUUGGUGAUUGUUGCGCCAUCUAAAGGACAAUUGCAAAGUUACAGCAAUCUUUAUCAUAGAAGAGUUAUUGGUCUAAGUGUUUUUUGCAGUUAGUAUCUUGUGUCAUCGUAUUAAUUUGUGACGCGUUUAUGUUGUUGAUAAUUAAUACUUAUGAGGUACAGAUAUAUAUAUUGUUGCAUUAUCCAAAGUCAAUCGCGUAUAAUAGUGUUGUAAAAAAAUAAUACGAGGCGUAUUAUUUCUGUUGAAAGAGUUGAAUUUAACUGGAAAAUAUAUCAUGGAUGAUCACAACAUGGAUCAAAAUAUUUUAACAGUGCUGAAACUUCUUAUGAUAGGAGAAUCUAACGUGGGUAAAUCAAGUAUACUUUUAAGGUUCACAGAAGAUGAAUUCUCGGAAAAUAUGCGAAAUACAGUCGGCAUGGACUAUAAAACAAAAUAUAUCACAAUCGAUGAUAGUAUAGUGAAACUUGCUAUUUGGGACACUGCUGGACAAGAACGAUUUCGUACUUUAACACCAAGUUAUUAUAGAGAUGGACAAGGAGCUAUUCUAGUAUAUGAUGUUACUGAUAGAAAUACAUUUUUAAAACUAGAUACAUGGCUUAAUGAAUUAAACACGUACUGCAAUAAAACAGAUAUUGUUAAAAUGAUAGUAGGUAAUAAAAUAGAUUUACCAAAUAGAGAAGUUAGCAAUGAAGAAGGCUUACAAUUUGCUAGAAGACAUCAGUCCUUAUAUAUCGAAAGUAGUGCUAAAACAGCGGAUGGAGUAAAGUGUUGCUUCGAGGAACUAGUUCAAAAGAUAUUGUAUACAAUUAGAUAUUGCAAACUCCUGGUUUAUGGGAUACUCACUCUCAAAAAUAUAUUGAUAAUGGCAAUAUGACUGGUGCUAGAUAUCGAAUGGGAAAAAGAGGGUUACAAUUGACGGAUGAUUAUGAACCACAAAAUGUAUAUUCGCGUUGUUAUUGCAGUAUGAUUUAAGUGGCUGUGAUAAAGAAAUUCUUUUGGUAAUGAUUAUAAGCAUGGCGCCUACUGUAUGAUAUGUUGUUUAUUAAACAACUAAAACAAGUUACAAUGAAUACAUAAUAUUGUGAAUCAUUGUUAGAAUUAUAUUAUAUUAGACAAAGAAGCAAACAUAUACCAUCUGUGAACUAUACAAAAAUGUGCUAAUGAUUUAUAGAUCUUCAUUAACUAAUAAUUUAAUGAAAUACGAAUUUUAAAUAUAUCAUCAAUUUAUAGUUAUAUAUUGCAGGUGUACAAAAAAUUGGACAUAGGGUAAGCCAAGAAUGAAAAGCUGAUGCUUUGAACCAUUAAUAAUAAGCUAGCCAACUGUUAAUUCUAUUCUUUUUUAUAAUAUGUUAAUUUACUUUUAAUAUUGUGCUGAGUACUCCUACAAUAUACAUUUGAUGUGCAAAUAUGGUAUUUCAAAAUGAACAACUCCUUUCAAUUUAUUUCUAAAUAUCCAACAAUAAAUUUUUACUAUAAUACUGAUAAAGUUUUUAUCACAGACACUUGAUCACUUUUUAUAGUCUCUUGCUUUGUUAUAUUUAUAUAAAAUUUGUUAUGUAUAUAAUAUACAUAUACAUAUAUAUACGCAUGAUUUUUGUACAAAAGUCAAAUUUAUCCUGCUUUUGUUGUUAUAAAAAAUGAUAUCUACAAGUAUUUAAAAUCUCUAUUAUUUGAAUGUACAAAGAUAUAUAUCCUUCAACAUACUUUAAUAUUGAGAUAAAAUGCUGAGAUUUGAUUUUUUUAUUAUUAUUAUUUUUAUUUCGUACUAAACUGGGAGGUGCUUAUAAAAAUUCCUCCAAAGGCCAAAUAACUACUCUUUUAUAUAUGUGUAUAUAUAUAUAUAUAUAUAUAUAUAUAUAUAUGUAUAUGUAUAUGUAUAUGUAUAUAUAAACAUAAACAUAAAUUUAUACAUUAGAACAUACACUUUCUUUUUAGUUAUUUGUCUUUUACUUGCUUAUAUUCUAAUUCAUAUAAUGCACAUAAUUUAUAGAAAAUAUAUUGAUACAAAAAUUAAAAAUAAGUGGAAAUAUACAAUUAGAAUCUUCAAAAUAAAUCUAUGGUAAUUGUCUUAUACACAAAUCUAUUGUAACUUAUUUGUAAAUAAAGCAUUUUCAAUAUAUAUUAUAUGCUGCUA